GCUAUGUACUACUAAAUAUUCAUACUCAUUAAUUAUUCACCAACAAAAACUUGAGUGAGCAAUCGUAGUAAAAAACAAUGGAGAUUGAAGAAAUGAGCAGCUGUGAAUCACUUCCUCUUCUGUCCUUAAAUCAUGUCUCUGUAAUGUGCAGAUCAGUUUGGGCUUCUAUGAGGUUUUACGAGGAUGUUUUAGGCUUUGUUAUGAUCAAACGUCCUUCUUCUUUCAACUUCAAUGGAGCCUGGUUGUACAAUUAUGGGAUUGGAAUACAUUUGAUUGAGAAUCCAUCACUUGAUGAAUUUGAUCCCGUUCUUGAACCUCGCCCCAUUAAUCCCAAGGAUAAUCACAUCUCCUUUCAGUGCACUGAUGUUGGACUUGUUAAGAGGAGGCUGGAAGAAAUGGGAAUGAGGUACGUGACUGCAUUAGUGGAAGACAAUGGGAACAAAGUGGAUCAAGUAUUUUUCCAUGACCCAGAUGGGUACAUGAUUGAGCUCUGCAACUGUGAAAAUAUCCCAAUUAUUCCACUUUCUGCAUGCACAUUUAGCCCUAGAAUGGGCAGCUUCAAGAGACCAAUUACACUCAACAAAUGUGGGUUCAUGGAGAAUGUUAUGAUGGAGAGCUUGAGCAUGGACAUGCUCAACAUUUCAUUUUGACAUGCAUACAUCAACUCCAAGAUGAGUUUGAAAUCAAAUUAUGGUCAGUUUGUUUUGUUUUAUUUUGUUGAACAUAUAUCAAUGUGUUCAUGUUGCAAAAAUUUGCAUGCCUUUUGCAGUUAAGGCCUUAAAUAUACAUAAUAUAUAUAUAUUUAUAUAAGUUAAAAUGUUUGAAUUGGGUGAUGAAGAGUUUGUAAGAAAUGAGAUAUCCUAAAGCCAACAUGUGGCUUUUGAAUUCUGUCAAGUAAAGAAAAAAUGUAUAAUAUAUGUGUCACCAUACAAGUUUGUUCAAUGAGAAUCCAUGCAGUUUCUUUUGUGUUA